ACAUCUCUGUGUGCUUAUAAUAAAGAAAUACUCUUGGAAAAUUAGUAUUUUAAUGCGCGGUUUGAUGACGUAAUGUUGAUGGUCAAACACGAAAUGGCGAGGAUGCUAGGCCUGUUACCGAGAGCUCAGUGGGAUCAGAACUAUGGCAGAGGUGGAGGUGGAAGUGGAAUUGGAUGACGGUACCCUGUAUCCCGAACAUUACAAAGUCAUGAUGGACAAACUGAAUGAGCAGCGGCAGCUGGAUCAGUUCACUGACAUUACCUUGAUUGUAGAUGGGCACCAAUUCAGAGCUCAUAAAGCUGUGCUGGCUGCCUGCAGUCAGUUCUUUCAUAACUUCUUCCAAGAUUUUACUCAGGAGCCACUCGUUGAGAUUGAAGGAGUCAGUAAUACAGCUUUUCGUCAGUUGAUGGAGUUUACAUAUACUGCCACUUUGGCUAUAACUGGUGAAGAGGAGGCAAAUGAUGUGUGGAAGGCAGCAGAGUAUCUUCAGAUGCAGGAAGCCAUCAAAGCACUCGAUGGCAGGACACAUGACAGUUCUGCUCUAACGAAGGGAAAGGUUAAAAAGCGAAAAAUUGCAGAAACUUCAAAUGUGAUCACUGAAACUCUACCAACAGUAGAGGGAGAACAGGUGAAAAUUGAAGUACUUGGAGACGUUGCUAUUGAAGAAGUGAUUGAGGCAACAAAGCAUUCUCAGGGUUCAUCAGAUGACUCUGCUUUGGCUCUUCUUGCCGACAUCACCAGCAAGUACCAACAGGGGGAGCCAACGGUGCAGGUUGUCAAAAAAGGAGAACUAGAAGAGGAAAUUGCCUAUCAGGAGGAAACUGUAACUGCCUCUAAAUCAUUGGAGGUAGACGUGGUAGAAGUCCAGAUUUCUCAAGUGGACAACAUAUUUCGGUGCAGUAAAUGUAAUCGCAGCUUUAAGCUGUACUACCACCUGAAGCAGCACAUGAAGGCACAUGUGGGCUCCCUGGAGAAACCGCAUGUGUGCGGUCACUGUGGGAAAGCUUACACCAGAGAGGGCGCUCUUAAGCAGCACGUCAGCACCUUUCAUUAUGAUGCAGAAGAUCUACCAUUAAAUCAAAAGCCACAGAAGAAGGUGCAUGUUUGUGAAUACUGCCAAAAAAACUUUGACCACUUUGGACACUUUAAGGAGCAUCUAAGAAAACACACAGGUGAAAAACCUUAUGAGUGUCCAGACUGUCAUGAAAAAUUUGCAAGGAACAGUACCCUCAAGUGUCAUAUGACUGCCUGUCAGAAUGGAGUGGGAGCCAAGAAGGGACGCAAGAAAAUCUAUGAAUGCCAGGUUUGUGACAGCGUGUUCAAUAUCUGGGAGGAAUUCAAGGACCAUCUAGUGAGUCACACUGGAGACAAACCUAAUCACUGUACUUUAUGUGACAUGUGGUUCACCCAUCCCAAAGAACUGAAAGAACAUUUAAAGGACAUUCACUCCAUUGAAGACAAGUCCAGUGACGAGCUGGUGGUCCCGGACGCUGCUGCCACUGCCGCAUUGACAAUAACUGCACAGAACCUAGAGGCAGGGGACAAUGUACUGUUGGAGGAUGGUAUUCAGAUGGAGCACGUCACUGUAGAGCCUGUGCACAUGAUGGAGAUGGAGCAGGCAGCAACAGUGGUGGUGAAUGAGGAAGGAGUGGCUGAGAUGUGUGAGGAGGACGUGGAGAGACUGAAACAAGCCGGGGUGGAGAUCCAGGUGGUACAGGUGGAGGGGGGCCUGGUCACCAUGGAGGAUGUGGUUGUAUGAGGACACUGAAUGACUUUUUUAUUUGUAUCAUAAUUUUCAGUAUUUUGAAGGAAAUGCUUCACUUUGAAUUGUGCAUGCUCGCCCUCGGCCAGUCAACGGAUAAAGCACUCGGCCUUCAACUCUUUUCUUGAUGAAGAGCAAUGUUGAUUCAUCCCACAAUUAUGUAUGUUUUUGUUUAGGUUAGUUGCCAUUGAUUGUACAUUACAUGAAUUCUGAAGCUCUGCAACAUUUUUAGUGUUUUGGUUUUUGAUGAAAAAUAAUUUAGAAAAGACUUGUUAGCAAACAAAUAUAAACACGUUAAAUUAAAUUAAGAUACUUUGAGAUACAA